GCGCACAAGGUUAGCGGGCUGAUGCUGGCGAACCAUACCUGUAUGAGCCAGCUGUUCACGAGGAGCCUCCAGCAGUUCGACCGCAUCCGAAAGAGAAACGCUUUCGUCGACAACUACAGGAAGGAGCCCAUGUUUGCCGACAACCUUGACGAAUUUGAAGACUCCAGGGAGGUGGUGGCAAGCCUGAUCGAAGAGUAUAAGGCUUGCGAGAGCCCGAACUACAUAAACUGGGGCAUGGGGGGGGCGGCGGCGGGCGGAGAAGGAGCGGGGGGGGCGGCAGCGGAAGGAGGUGGCGAGGCGGCCGCGGCAACAUGACGUCUCUCUUAGGAUGCAGAAUCAAGAAUCAAGAAUGAAGAAUCAAGUCGUCAGCCACUCUUGCCUGUGCUUGCCAAUAUUUUUUCCCCGAGACUUGACUGUGGAAUAUGUAACCAUGGUGCACUGCUGUGUGCGUCAACCUCUACCUCUGUGUAUAGCUCUUGCGGCCAUCGAAAUGUAUGCUUGCCGCAAGCAAAUUGUACGUGGGCUGUUUGUAUACCGUCAACGCUGACGAAAGGUACCUAUUUGCCGGCUGCUGCAGCGGAAUACUUGUAGUCACAGAUCACGUAGAAGCCGAACAGCAGUUGUCGGAGUGAGAAGGGAUGGAGUGUGUCGAGAGAUUUGCUUGCAAUUUGGUAUCGGGAUUCAGAGCUUUACUCUGCAUUCCAUCCCCAAGCGAAUGAAAGGAGCAGGGUGCCCGUUGGAUGGAAUCUGAGAGUGCCCAUCAGCAGACGGUGGUUUGUUGGCACAGGACCGUGUGUUCGCCGUGCAGUGAUUUUGGCCGUCAGUUGUUACGGCUAAUUUUCGGCCAUCUCUGGACGCGCCAUGAAACGUCUUUUUGAAGAAGCGUGUUCCCUUUUCGGGCAGCUAGCCUGCUUUGCGAUGACACGGAAGACUUCCGCGUGUGUUUGUGUGUUUUCGUCCUAUUGAUUAUGGCGACAGUCCCCCCUUUUUUCGUGGUGAGACGUGUACUACUACACUUUUCAGCGUAUGUAGAGUACUACACUUUCCAGUGUAUUUUUUCGUACAACUACAACCAUCCAGGGCCACACAGGAGGGGGUAAAUACCAGCGCUUUAU